AUGCUCGACCCCAUCCCCGGUGGGCUUAUCCUCCGGUGGAGCUAUUGACUCGGCAGACUCCUUCGACAGGUCAGGAGGAGCUGCCGACGGCGGCGAAGGAAUCUGUCCCGGUUCCUUCAGAUUGGCCUCGUCCUCCUUCUGACCACUCUGGUCUGAGUCCGUCAGGGAAAUCGCCUCUGCCUGGUAGAUUUCGCCAAGAAUCCCAACCCGACGAAGCAGAAUGACGCGUGAGACCCAGGGGAACGUUUGAGCCAGAGGGGCCAAUAAAACGAAAAAAAACAAAAAGAUCUGCGAACAAACCUUUUGGCGCUUGCUCCCCGACCGGGACGGAGGGGGCGACGACGGGAGCGCACGCUUUGACGACGACGAGCUCCUCCUGGUUUCUACCAUAUCCAACGCUCCUGCCUUCGCUCGCCGGCGCUGCUCUCCUCCUGCUCUUUUCCCCUCCUCUCCUCGGGCUUCCGAUCCGAUUCCUCUUCGUCUUCACCCCCCCAGACAGCGAGAGAGAGAGAGAGAGAGAGAGAGAGAGAGAGCGAGCGAGCGAGCGACGACAGAACGAGAGAGAGAGAGAGAGAGAGAGAGAGAGAGAGAGAGGGGAAAGAAAUAGAGAGAGGAAGAAAAGGUGGACGCUGA